AUUAAGUGGGAACCCCCUCCAGAUGGGACCUUGACGCUUGCAGCAAAGGGGCCAACUGGUUUGUCAGGCGGAGGCAUGGUGGUCAGGAAUUCGAAUGGUCUGAUUGUUGUCGCUGCUGCCUCCUUUUAUGACAGGGGUUCGAAUAUGCUGGCCGAGUGUAAGGCACUUUUGGAGGGUAUUAAGUUGUUUUUGCGUCAUGAUUUAAUGAAUUAUCAACUUCUUAUUGAAUCGGAUUCACAGGUGCUUGUUGGAAUGGUAUUGGGGAAGGUCAAGGUUCCUUGGAAAUAUAAACAGUUUAUUGAUGAUAUUUGUGGAAUUUUGCAUAGAUUUAAUAUCAAGGUUAGUCACAUUUUCAGGGAAGCUAACGGUCUUGCAGAUUUUCUGGCUUCUUAUGCUGUCAACGAAGCCUGCUGUUUUGAAUUUUUGGGUACUGAUUCGCUGCCUAUAGCUGGAAAGAUGAGGUUGCAUCACGAUCAACUUUCUUUGUCUACAUUGAGACGAAAAAUGAUCUUGGUUGAUAGCACUUGCAGGCAGCUUGAUACUGUUGACGUGCGCUUGAAUGGGAGACAGGAGCAGUUCCCUCUGUUGGUUGGGCUGGUUCUGGGGUCCUUUUGCUUUGGGCUGGUUCAUGUUGCUGGGGGUCUCCUGCGCCCUGCUGGUUUUGGGCUGUUCACGUGCACUGUUCAUGUGCACAGCUUGUUUAAUGCAGCUGCUGGCCCUCACUCUUCGGUUAUCUUCUAUCUUCAGCUGGGUUUUGAUGGCCUUUUACCUGGUUUUUCAGCUGGUCUCCGUCAGCUGUCUUUUCUUAUGGUGUCUGCUGGUUCUUGGUCUGCCGCCUGGCCUUCAUUGCAGGCUGCCACAGUAGCUGGGGACUGUUCACGCGACUGUUCACGUGACCUGCCUGGCUCCUGCUACAGCUGUUUUUCUGCGGUGAUCAUGCUGCCUUCCCAGCUGGUUUCAGCUUCUCAUGGAUUUGCGUCUGUCAGCUGGUUAUGGAUCUCUUUCAGCUGCUGCUCUCCUCGUUUUCAGCUGACGCAGUUAUGUUUUGGUUCCUUCGGCUGCUUUCAUACGGUUGCUCAUGGUGUUCAGCUGGACUCUCAGCUGGAUUUCCAGCGGCUCUUAUGCAGCUAUUUAGCUGGUUUUAAUGGUUCUCCAGCUGGAAUUUCAGCUGUUUCUCAUCCUUUUUAUGGCCUUUGCGCCUUUGCUUGUCCUGAUGCUGCUUGGAUUAAAGCCAACUUUGGCCUUUCUCUUUUUGUUCAAGCUAUACUUUUGCUUCUUGCCCUAUGUACAGCUGUUUCUUUUCUGGCCACUGUGCCUUUGGGAGAACUGUUCUUUUUCCACGUAAUUCUAAUUCGAAAGGGUAUCACAACCUAUGAGUACGUUGUCGCAAUGAGGACCCAAAGUGAAGCUCCUGGGCCCUCUGUGGACGGAGGAGAUCUGCAGAGUUUGCCAUCCUCACCAACAAGUUCUGCCAUGAGCGGAAGAAGCUCUCUUGGAAUGAGCUUGCAAUAUAAAGGUGCUUGGUGUACUCCUCCUAGAAUCUUUAUGGACCACCAGGAUGAAAUUAUCCCUCAUCUAGAGCGAGAUCGCUUACCAUCCACUGUUGAUCCAGAUUCAUUGCCUCCUCCUGAUAAGGGGAAAAGGUUAGCCCAGCGUCCAGUCCGGAUAAGUGCAUGGAAGCUUGCCAAAUUGGACUCUAAUGAGUCAAUCAAGGCAGGGGCCAAGGCUAGAGCUUCAUCAUCUGUUUUACGUCCAGUAAGUUCCAGACAUCAUCCGUAUGACUCCGAUCAUUUAUCCAAUAGCAAUGUGAGUGGCAGAAGCAGUCCAACCAGUACCAAUCAUGGAUUUCAUGAAAGAAAUACUAGAGCAGGAACAUCAAGGUUAUCUUCUUCGAAGAGUUCAUAUCCUCCCAGUCGUGCUAGCAGGGAAGAUAAUGAAAUGUGUGGCCACAACAUUAGUAACCUAAACAGCCCUCAUCCCCCUAACCUCACACCUUCUCCAUUAGAGCAGCUGGCUUCAAACAGAGAUCAUUUCAAUCCGAUGUACAUGUCAUCAGUAGAUCGAUCUCCUUUGUCAGCAAAGGACGCAAAUGAAACUGCAGUUAGUGAUGUAGAAAGGGUACCAAUGAGUAGAAACUUGGGUGCUGCAGAAAAUUCAAGGUCGUCGUCAGUAUUUUGGGAUCAAGAAGCUGGGCGCUUUGUCUCUGCAGCCACCAGAAGUGUUAGUUCUUCCUCUCAGGUAUCCGGAAGAGAGCCGCUUACAUAUGCAGGUCAAUCUAUUUUCUAUGGUGGUUCCCCUGUGGAUGAACAGUUGAGCAGAGGGACAAGAACUGGCAACUCACUGCCUUCCGAUCCUGAGAGAGGUUCCACGUCAAGUUACUAUCGGCAGGGUAGAUCACAACGAGGUGGCCAGCUUCCAGUGUUUGUUCCAAGUGAUUCCCAGCACCACCAAUUUUCUUCUACACUGCGAUGAAACUGAAAUGACAUUAUCAUGCC